AUGGGCAUGACGCAGGUAUUCGACGAUGCGGGCGAGGUGCGCCCGGUGACGCUCGUGCGCGUCGAGCCCAAUGUCGUGAUCGGUACUCGCGUUGCCGAUGGCGACGGGUAUGACGCCGUGGUGCUCGGUGCGGCUCGCAAGCGACGAUUGACCAAGCCGUAUGCCGGUGGGAAGCCGCUGGACCUGUCCAUCUUCGCCAGCCGGCGCUUCGUGGAUGUGCGGGGAGUGUCGCUCGGCAAGGGAUUUCAGGGCGUGAUCAAGCGGCAUGGCUUUCGGGGCGGCGGGGCGUCGCAUGGCUCCAAGUUCCACCGCACCGGCGGGUCCACCGGGCAAUCGGCGUGGCCUUCCCGGGUGCUGAAAGGCACCCGCAUGGCAGGCCGCAUGGGUGGACGGCGCGCCACGGUGCAGAACCUGGAGUUGCUCCGCAUCGACGAGGAACGGCGGCUGCUGUUGAUCGCCGGUCCGGUUCCGGGGCGCCGUGGCGGGCAUGUGCUGGUGGCGAGCGCAAAGAAGAAGCGGGCCGAUGGCGGCAAAGGCGGUGGGGUGUGA